CUCUCUAGGGAUCAAGAUCCAAAAAGAGAAGAAAAAGAUGAAAAGGACAAGAGAAGAAGAAGAGGAGUACAAGAAAGGUUUAUGGACCGUUGAAGAAGAUCAGAUCCUCAUCGAUUAUGUCCGAACUCACGGCAAAGGCCACUGGAACCGUAUCGCCAAGAAAACUGGGCUUAAGAGAUGUGGGAAGAGUUGUAGGCUGAGAUGGAUGAAUUACCUCAGCCCUAAUGUGAAUAGAGGAGAUUUCACCGACCAAGAAGAAGACCUCAUCAUCAGACUCCACAAGCUCCUUGGAAACAGAUGGUCUUUGAUUGCGAAGAGAGUGCCGGGUCGAACAGAUAACCAAGUCAAGAACCAUUGGAACACUCAUCUAAGUAAGAAACUCGGGAUAAGAUCCGAUCAAUCCGCUCCCAAAAACGGCGAAUCCCCUUCUCCGACGAUGAUCUUCGCAACCAAUUCUUCUCCGCAACGGCUCAUCAUCAAUAACACCGAUACGAGAGAUCACACCGCAGAUUUUGAGUCUGUGAAUGUCCAAAAUAUCCGAAACAAGGAUGAAGAAGACGACGUCGCGGUUCCUGUCCUGAUCGAUGAGAUGGCGAACUUCUACAACCCAAAUAACGCUUUCUGGUUUCAUGAAGAUUAUUACUUCGGGUUGAGUUCACUCGCUAUGAUGGAUUUCGCUGAUGGUUACUGCCUCUGAAUUAUAUAUUAAGUUUAUUAAUUGUUGUUUUAAUUAAUUAAUACCAUCGAUCGUUCAAGUGUUUUCAGUCUUCAGAAGUUAUAUAUAGUUGAAUAUGAAUACAUUUUAUAUAUAUUUGUUUUUA